CAGGAUUGCAAAAAUGGGCAUUUACUUUCACUUGCUUUCAGUUAAACCCGUUCGCGCAUUAAAGCGGUUCAGUCUGCAGGGUGAAGCGGAGCAGAGAUGGGAGACAGUCCGGAUGAAACCACCGCAUUAAUUAAAAACAAACCAGCUCGACUCAGACAUGGAAAGCUCUUCCUUGCGGUGUUUUCAGCUGUUCUGGGCAAUUUCAAUUUUGGGUUUGCCUUAGUGUUCCCCUCCCCUGUCAUCCCCCAGCUUCAAAAGGGUAAUGACCCUCGGCUGCAAAUGGACAUCCAUCAGAUAUCAUGGUUUGGUUCAAUUUUCACCCUUGGAGCAGCCUUAGGGGGUGUUAGUGCCAUGGUGCUGAAUGACAGAGUUGGGAGAAAAAUAAGCAUCAUGUUGUCAGGAGUACCAUCUGUUGUAGGUCUCCUUGUGAUGGGGGCCGCACAAAACUUUUGGAUGUUAUUAUGGGGCCGAUUUCUGACUGGCAUCGCAGGUGGAAUCACUGCUGGAUCUAUUCCUGUGUAUGUGUCAGAGAUUUCACACCCGUCUGUGAGGGGUGCGCUGGGUUCGUGUCCCCAGAUCACAGCUGUCUUUGGAAGUCUAGCACUUUACGCUUUUGGCUUAGUUUUGCCGUGGAGGUGGCUGGCUGUGGCUGGGGAGAUCCCUGUCAUUAUCAUGAUGAUUUUGCUUUGCUUCAUGCCUACCUCCCCACGUUACCAUAUCAUGAAAGGAAACAGAGCAAGAGCAGUUAAAUCGCUAGAAUGGCUCAGAGGCCCCAAUUCUGAUUACUUGACCGAGUUCAAUAAGAUUGAGCGCAGUAUCAAUUCUCAGGGCGUUCAAUGGAGUGACCUUAAAACACGGUCAUACUAUAAACCAAUUCUUAUCUCAGUCGUCAUGAGAUUCCUACAGCAGAUGACUGGUAUAACCCCAAUUCUGGUAUAUCUGGAGCCCAUCUUCCACAUGACAGCUAUAUCACUGGAACCGAAAUAUGAUGCAGCAUUAGUGGGAGCUGUAAGAUUGAUGUCUGUUGCCAUUGCAGCCAGUUUGAUGGACAAAGCAGGUCGAAAAGCUCUUCUGUUCACCUCAGGAUUUUUGAUGUAUAUAGCCAUGCUUUCAAUGACUAUGUACACUCACAAAACACAGUGCAACCAUGGCAAUCUUACUGUAACUGAGGGCUUGAAGAGCACUUAUGGGGGCUUAACAGGCCCUGCGUUCGAUCCAAUAACUCUAAUUCCUCUAAUAAGCGCUAUGGUCAUCAUAUUUGGUUAUGCUAUGGGUUGGGGACCAAUCACAUGGCUGCUAAUGUCAGAGAUUCUACCUUUGGGUGCCCGUGGUGUAGCAUCUGGUUUGUGCGUUGGUGUUAGCUGGAUCACAGCCUUUGUUCUGACACAACUCUUCAUGCAUGUGGUGGAGGCCUAUGGACUCUUUGCACCUUUCCUGUUCUUCAGUGUCGUCUCUGUAGUGAAUAUAAUUUUCACUGCUAAAUGUGUGCCAGAAACUAAAGGCCGGACUCUGGAGGAGAUAGAGAACUUUUUCAGGACUGGCCGAACCUUCACAAUUCUUGAUUCUUGAAAUGUCCAUUUUUGACUUAGGCAGCAAUGCUGUGGCACUAUUUAAUCUACAGAGCCACAACAAAAGAAAUUAUGUUUUACUCAAGUUGUGAGUCUGCUGUCUGAGUUGAAUGUGAUGAGAUAAAACGACUGGGUGGUGCCAAAUAAUACACAUUUAUAUAUUGCACUGUCUUUAUGUAUAUUUAGAUAUAUGAGCGACGUAAUGGCUUUAUGAAUGUUACUCUGAUGUAAAUACAUUAAUAUGUAAAAUCUGUCCAAUGUACAUUUAUUAUAAGGAUGUACUGUAUAUGAGCGCACACUCAUGUGAAGUAUAUCAAUAAAUGUGUGUAUGUAUAUACUGAA